CUGGGCGACUUGGUGCAGCUGGUGAGAGGACCUCUGUCUAAGAUGCAGCGGGCGGUGCUGUCUGCCCUCAUCGUCAUAGAGGUCCACGCUAAGGAGGUUGCAGCCAAACUGGUGGAGCUGCAGGUCUCCAGCAUCAAUGACUUUGAGUGGAUCAGCCAGCUCAGAUAUUACUGGACAAAAAAUGACUUGUACAUCCGGGCAGUGAAUGCAGAGUUUUUGUACGGAUACGAGUACCUUGGUAACUCCGGACGUCUGGUCAUCACCCCGCUCACUGACAGAUGCUACCUGACCCUAACAGGAGCUCUACACCUGAAGUUCGGGGGGGCUCCUGCAGGUCCAGCAGGGACAGGGAAGACAGAAACCACUAAAGAUCUGGGAAAGGCACUGGCUAUCCAGACCGUUGUUUUCAACUGCUCUGAUCAGCUGGACUUCAUUGCUAUGGGCAAGCUUCUCAAAGGACUGGCCAGCUCCGGGGCCUGGGCAUGCUUUGAUGAGUUUAAUCGUAUUGAUGUGGAGGUGUUGUCUGUUGUGGCGCAGCAGAUCACCACCAUACAAAAAGCCCAAAUGCAAAGGGUGAGAAGCUGA